AUGAAGAUCUACUCCUUCCACAGACACCCAGUCUCAGCUAAACCGCCAUCUUGUAAAAGGAAACUACAACAACAACAAAAGAGGAGAUCACUCCAAACAGACCUCCUUUUAUCUAUAGAAAAGAGGAGACAACUCAACAGGCUAACUUCCCAGAAAGUCAUUCGAUUACCACUCUUCAAGGCUCCACUCACUUCACUCUUUGCUACUGCCUUCCCUCUGAGACGCCAGCUCACUCCUGCAGCUUCCAGAUCACUCCUGCAGCUUCCAGAUCACUCCUGCAGCCUCCAGCUCACUCCUGCAGCUUCCAGCACUCCUGCAGUUUCCAGCUCACCCCAACAGCUUCCAGCGGCCUCCAGCUCACCCCUGCGGCGCUCUACUGACGUCCCGCUACCUAUUCCAGUGCCCACUGACGUCCAGCGCCCAUUAACGUCCGGACACCGUUCCCGAACAAACGACCUCUGUCGUCUUACCAUCCACCGUUCGCAAAUAAAGACACGAUUUCCAUCGUCUACAACGGACCAUCUGCGUUUGUCAUCCUUCUUUGCUAUUGCCAUCUCCUUGCCUUUGUGUCCCCUAUUUUAG